GCGAUGGACCACGAGCUCAAGCCCUGGGAGCUCUACAGCCUCCAAGGAGCCGAAGAACCGGAAUCGCUCGACACGAUGAAGCCGUACUUCACACGGUACGGCGCAGCGAAGAACAAGGGGAUCAGCCACGCCUACACGCACGACGCUCUCCAGCGUUCGUGGUGCGCCUUCAUUCGUCGCUGGAACGUGAGUCGACGCGAAGGGUGUCCGUUCGCGUCGUGGCUCAAAGCGCGGGAGAAGCGUCGAGGCGAGCACUCCAUGACGGCUCUUCGGGAGCGCAUCUGCAGCAUGGCAGAGCGCGAGUGGCGCUUCUGCUACGUUCAUCUUGUCGAAGGUUGCGAGAACUGC